AUGCUCACUUCACUGAUCCUCGGACUUUCUACGUGUGCGCUCGUUGGAGCAUUACCGCGUAGCGACCCAAGAUUGCCACAGGUGCAAGAUCUUGAACCUGUGCUUACCACGCUCAAGAACACAGCAGACCUUACCCAAUUCUACGAACUUUUCAGGAGUACUGGUGGUAUCCAAGGAAUUCCAGGUCCUCCAUUCGAACAACGCUUCAAUGAUCCAAAGCAAGGCCUCGAAUACACCAUUCUAGCCCCUACUAAUGAAGCACUAAAGAAGCUUCCACCAGGCUACCUAGCACAAUUGCAAAAGCCAUCGUCCUAUGAACUCCUAGCCAUUAUUCUUCGGACCCAUAUCCUCCCCGGCAAUGUGCAGAUGCAAGAUGCCGCCCAAUCAAAACAGCCAAUUCGUAUGAUCGAGGGGUUCUCGGUCCUCUUCAAUUCGGCACUUGAUAUCACCACGAACCCCAACCUCACAAGCACCGAGAUCCCUGCCGGGACGCAAGCCCACGUGAUCAAAGACUCUCUAGGGAAACCCGUCCGCAUCGACGCUUCCAACGGUGCCGUAUACAAGAUUGACAACCUGCUGGAUGUGUUUGAUACGUAUUUCGGCGCCGACGCUGCAGGCGAUGCCCAAGCGCCCGUGACAAUAGCUUCAGGGACCAUGGGCGACAUUCUCUGCACCGAGUCUGAACUCUCGACCCUGUGCACAUUCUACAGGGACAAUGACCCGGAUUUUCUUGCGCGUCUUUCUACUGCGCCGUGCGGUAGCAAUCAGGGCAACGACACCCACACCGUCUUUAUUGCACCUGGUGACCGCGCGUGGGGUUACUUGCCUCAGGGCACAUUGGCAAAUACAGCCCAGCCACAUAAUUUUGGCGCAAGUACGUUGCUGUUAGGCUUUGGGUUGGGCCAGUACGACGCCGCAGCUUGCGAGGCCCAGAAUACGUAUGGCUACAACAUAACUGUUCGCAAUGGGUUGGCGAAUAACGCGCGCAUCACGCGAAAAAUCCAGGGAGUCAAUGGGCAAGUAUGGGUUGCAGGAAGAUGGCUAAACCCCAUGUUCUCAGGGUAG